AGCUUCACCAUUCUCCGCACCAAUCUACCAACUCGUCAAAGAGACAAGUCAAGUCAAUCCCUCGACAACCGUUCUGCUGAAAACGGUUACACUCUCACUCCUCUUUCUGUCCCGGCCUAUCUAUACACUCUUUACCCUCUCAUCCCACAACUUGUCACUUGUUUACAAUCCACUCGUCAAAAUGUGUACCCUUUUGUGGCCCCAUCACACUCGCUAUCUACCCCGACCCCUCUCUUCCGAUCGGCAGAUCUGACUCGGGCCCUACAAUCCGGAUCCCCUCAUGCUCCAGUAGAUCGGUUCCUUCUCUUUCUGGUUGACCGAGUUCACUCGGUUCCAGUCCCAGAAGGCGUUUCACUCGAGGCGCUAUUUCUCAACGCCCUAGAAGCACGUACACCGCCACCUUCCUCACAGAGCAGAGCGCCUAAGCUCUGA